GGCCUGAGCCGAUUGGGAAGCGUUUGUUAUAGGUUUAGUUGCGCGAGGUAUAUGUCAGGUGAAAGUUUGUAAAGUGGGUAAAGUUUUCCGUGCGGGUUUUUCAAAAUCGGCUAUUCGCGUAGUUGUGCAGUUUUUAAAAAUCUAUUUGUUGUCUAGUUGUCGUAUGAUUCUUGAUCUAGUCAGGACGGUGCGUUUUCAAUGAAGCUGCUAAGUGAGAACAGAAAAGUAAAGAAGUGGAACUACUGCCCUAAAAAAUAACAUCACUAUUGGUACACACUUUAUAUGAAAAAUCGAUCCGUUUAUUUCCAAUGGAACCAUUUUCACCCUGACAUCUUAAAACGAGGAAUACCAUCAAAUAGGGUGGCCAAUAAAACGACGCUGGGCUCUGUGCUAAGAAAACGUUAACAUUUUUCUAAACAAUGAUCAUGAUGGACGUUAGUAUGUACGGUCAACAUUCGGCGCCAUCUUACAACUCCGCAGAAGCAAAUUACUACAACUAUAGUAACAGUUCGGUUAACAGUGAUCAUUCGAUGGCACCUCACCAUCAAUAUUCCGGAGGUAGUGCAGGUGGUUAUAUUGGAGGAGCUGGUUAUCCUGGAGGAGCUUCAUAUGAGGAAGCCACUUUUCUUUAUGGUGUCAGUGGGACCUCCACUGAUUCUGGAGUGGAAACUCCACCAUCUCCGCAAGACCACCAUUUCUACCCUCAUCAGCCCAACCCGCCCGAAACGUCAAUAAUAAGCACAGAAACCGGUCUGAGCUACACAAAUCUGGACUAUGCUAAUUCAAAUAGUUCCAUGUACCAUCAGCCAGGAUACAGCGAGGAAUCGUAUCCUGGACGGCCUCCACACGACUUACUGCUAAGGCAUCAUGACGAUUCGAGUGAUACAAGCUAUCCAUAUAUUCACGACUCCAAAUAUCAGCCAUUAGAUGAUGGCUCGUACCAUCAUCAUCCCCAUAUUGUCUCGCCUGGACAAGGCAAUGUGGCCUGCAUGGAAUUUCAACAACUUCAUUCGAGGUACAAAGAGGAAAUGUUGGGUAAUGACAGUAGAAUGGGGCGACACCAUGGAAUUCAUCCCAUGAGCAGUGGCCAACCACAGCAUCCAGUUUUACCAACUUACAAAUGGAUGCAAGUAAAACGAAACAUUCCCAAACCUAAUGGGCCUAAAGUUUCUCCAGUCUUGAGCGAUUAUGCCGCCGCAGCUCAAAACGGGCCAAGUUUAGAACCUCAAAAUCCAGCAUCUAGAAACGCCUGCUUGGGGUCAAAUGCUUCUAGUCUUUUGAGCAUAAACUGCCUCAACACUGGCAGAACCAACUUUACGAACAAGCAACUGACUGAGUUGGAAAAGGAGUUUCAUUUCAAUAAAUAUCUUACGAGAGCGAGAAGAAUUGAAAUAGCUUCAGCGCUCCAACUGAACGAAACUCAAGUGAAAAUCUGGUUUCAAAAUCGAAGAAUGAAGCAGAAAAAAAGGAUGAAAGAGGGACUGAUCCCACCUGAGCCUAUUGCCAACGUGAAGAGUACCAGCAGUUCUCCAACAUCGCUCAGCACUUCGGUUCAGCCCGACUUUGCUUCUGGAAGCAAUGAGAACAGCAGAGAGUCCAAUAAUAAUUGACUUUUUGAAAAUAUAAUUUUGUUUAGAAAAUUGCGCCAUAAGGAUUAUGAUGGUAAUCGUCCUGUUAUAGUGCAUUAGGGCUGUUUUUUGUAUUUGCAAAACGGCCGUAACUUUCUGGUUUUUGUUUUUCAAAGUUCCCUUUAUACUGGAAAUUAAAUUAAGUACAAUGUAGCGAAAACUUAAUUUGAAAACAUCAAUGUUAACGUACCGAAUUUAAUUUGUCUUAACCCAACUGAUUUAAAACUAAUUCUUGCAAGUUUCAAGUUUUAAGUUUAUUGCUGUGUUAAAACUAUUCAAUAAAAGCUACGAAACAACUAGCUGUGGUCAUGAACGACAACUACUGAAAUGCUUAUAAAAAUGUAAAAUAUUUUAUCUCGGUUUAUCACUGUUUAUGACGCACGCUUGUUUAGGAAAUUGAUAGGAAUUGUUCAAUCAAAGUGUUCUCUAAAUUAACCUUGUAAUUUAUGUAGGUAUUAUGUGUUCCAAUAAAGUAAUUUGCAUGAUGAAAAGUAAACGUUAAAAUCGCCAAAGACUACUUCUUGACGAAGCUUCAAGUGAUAAAACUGAAAUUAUAUUUAAGUUAUUUAUAAGGUAAACAGAUUGUAAAGUUAAUAUAUGCUAUACAUUUUAAGCUCGUAUUUAUUAGAUAGUUAUCCAUCCAUUAAAUGAGAUUCUUCGUAUCAUUCCAAAAUAUUCAGGAGACUAUUUAGUAUCUUAUUUAUAUAUAUAGAGUAAGAAUCAGCAUUUUGCUUGAUUGAUUCAAUGGAUUAUUGUUGGAUGUGACAGUCAUUAAUUAUUUAACACACAGGUAUAUACAUAGAUAAUUAAAAUUUUACAUGCUGUAAAUAUGAUUGUAAAUAACUGUGUAGGUUAGGUGACUCAGGGAUGUAUUGUGUAUCAUGACAUAAUAAAGUAUUCCAAAAAUU